AAAAUAUUUUCAUCGAAAAAAAUCUAGAUAAGGCGGAAUGGAUCCAUUUUUCCAAGCCAUAUCAUUAUUUCGCAGAAGAAAUUAUGAUGAAUGCAUUGAAAUAUGUAAUUUGUUGCUGCAACAACAACAACCGCAGCAGCAACAUCAAGGACGUGCAUGGGAGUUGAAGAUGCGAGCUAUGACACGACGCGUUUACAUCGAUGAAAUUGAAGCUGAUGAUGGUAUUGUGGUGGACGAUCCUUUGGAGACGAUACCGGCGACAGCGAAACCAGGAACGUCGUUUGGCGGGACAGCAACAGCAGCAGGAAUGCGUCGCAAAACAGCCGGGACAGCGGGAAGACCGAGGACUUCAGCUACUGGGCGAUUGAUUACCGGAGUUUCUCGUCCCGGCACAAUGAACGCCCGCCCCUUGACAUCUCGCUUGGGAAACAGCACCGCAAGACUGGCCACCGCUACCGCAGCUCAUCAACGUCUCAAUUCCGCUCAAAAUAUCCGUUUAGGAACAGCUUCAAUGUACGCAUAUGGCGAUCCAAACGGUCCCUUGCUUCAUUUGUCGCGUUUUCAUGCGGCGCAAUUUGCCCAUAAAGACACCUUCAAUAAGCCCCUUUUUGAAUAUUUGUAUUAUCACGAAGGUGACAUCGAAAAAGCCCUGCAACUCUGUGACGCCGUCAUAAAUUUGAGGAAACUUGCUGUUGAUUGGUGGUGGCAUGCUCAAAAGGGACGCUGCCUCCUUGCACUAAACAAAGGAAAACUUGCGGAAGAAUAUUUCAAACAAAGUUUAUCGCAAAUGCCGCAUCCCGAGACAAUUUUGCUGCUCUCAAAGACAUACACGAAGCUAAAACGCCCCGAAGAUGCCUUAAAAUUGUUAGAAGCAGCCAGCACGGAUCGCUUUCCCAACGAAAUUAGUCUCAUGACGCAACAAGCACGCAUCCAAGAGCACAUCGGAAACAUUGGCGGUUCGGUAAAAAUGUAUCGUGACAUUGUCGGACUCGAUCCAAUUCAUACCGAAGCACUUGCAUGCAUUGCCGUGCAUUAUUUCUACAACAAUCAACCGGAAACAGCGUUGUUAUAUUACCGGCGAAUUCUUUCGAUGGGAGCUCAUAGUGCCGAAUUGUAUUGCAACAUCGCGCUGUGUUGCUUAUAUGGCGGACAAUUGGAUCUCGUGCUGUACUGCUUUCAUCGUUCCAUCAGAUUGGCAACGACAAACGAGCAAAAAGCCGAUGUUUGGUACAAUAUGAGCUUCGUGGCAUUGACUACGGGCGACAUUAACAUGGCAAGACGAUGUUUGAGACUUUGUGUCAGUUACGACGGGUCACACGGAGCAGCUUUGAACAAUUUGGCGGUGCUGGCAACUCGCACGGGACAAUAUCACAAAGUCAAGUCGUAUUUGGUGGCAGCAAAAACCGCCGCUCCGGAUUGCGAAGAAAUUAACCGCAACAUUUUACUAAUUGAAAAAUACCAGUAA